UGUUAAGACUGUGGAUGUUGAGGACAGUCACGUUGCUGCCCAUGAUGUGAUGAGGCUGCCUGCCGCCCUCGGAAGCAGCCCCUGUCUGCGAGCGUUGCGAGAUGCGCGCUUGUGAGGAUGUCAUCGCGAAGGGGCUUCCGUAGCUGGGAGUCAUGGUGCGCAAUUGGACAUAGGAGUUGCGGGUACUGGAGCGGCCGCCCCGACGACCGGCCCGGGAUGCCUCGAUAUGCCCAGCUCGUCAUGGGACCCGCCGGCAGCGGCAAGAGCACUUACUGUUCCACUAUGCAGCAGCACUGUGAGGUGCUGAAUCGUUCUGUACAAGUGGUGAACCUUGACCCUGCCGCUGAAUACUUUGACUAUCCUGUCUUGGCAGAUAUCCGGGAGCUCAUCCAAGUGGAUGAUGUGAUGGAAGAUGACUCAUUGAGGUUUGGUCCAAAUGGUGGACUCAUUUUCUGCAUGGAAUACUUUGCCAACAAUUUUGAUUGGCUGGCAGAUUGCCUUGGUCACGUGGAGGAUGAUUAUAUACUUUUUGAUUGUCCUGGACAGAUUGAGUUAUAUACUCACUUGCCAGUAAUGAAACAACUUGUGGAGCAGUUACAGCAGUGGGAAUUCCGUGUUUGUGGGGUAUUUCUAGUUGAUUCUCAAUUUAUGGUGGAGUCGUUUAAGUUUGUGUCAGGAGUUAUGGCAGCUCUCAGCGCCAUGGUCUCUCUGGAAAUUCCGCAGGUCAACAUCAUGACAAAAAUGGAUUUACUUAACAAGAGAGCAAAAAAAGAAAUUGAAAAGUAUUUAGACCCUGACAUGUAUUCACUGAUGCAGGACUCCUCUGAUAUUUGGAAAAGCAAGAAAUUUAAGAAACUAACCAAAGCAAUUUGUGGAUUGAUUGAUGACUACAGCAUGGUUCGUUUUUUGCCAUUUGACCGUUCAGAUGAAGAAUGUAUUAGCAUAGUUUUGCAGCACAUCGACUUUUCCAUCCAGUAUGGAGAGGACUUUGAAGUCAAAGAACCAAGGGAGCAAGAAGAAGAGCUUGAUGCCCCCAACAUGAGUGAUCGGUUUUUCCAAGGCGCAACUGGUGACUGAAUUCCUGGAUGUAACGAAGUACUUGGGCCCAGUUAAACAUUAGGUGCAUUCUGUUUGGAAACCAUUAAUGCUGUGCCUUCCCAAAGAUGCCUAAUACCAGGCAAUUUAAAACCUUGUGUGAGAACUCAGCCUAUUUGCACUAUUAUAUUGUGUGAAGAUGAAUUCAAAUUCUUCAAUUGGUAUUUGAAAGUGAUUGUUUGAGCCUGCUGAGGAUAAUUAUGUGCUGGUAUGUUACCAACUGCUGAGUGCCCCUCGCUUUAUGAUACCAAUAACAUUUCACUGAUGUUUGAAAUGACCAUGGCAAAACAAUUUUAUUUAAACAAUUUUAAAAGAUCAGGAUCUUAAAAGUUUGUUUACUUGAAAUUGUUGUAGAGAAUUCUUUAUAUUUUUCCCAUUGAUUUAUUGCAUAUCUCUGCAGGUACUUUAUGAAUAUUGGAAUGUUGUUUCUGACUGUUUGCAAAAUGAGACCUGUCAGAGAUUAUGCAGUGGACAGCAAUGGUUCUUAUCAUAAUAUUUCCAUAUUUUGUGUGUUCCAAUAUUCUUUCCACUAAAUACUGCACCAUAUGUAGUUUUAGUCAUGGGGUUUAACAGAGACCAGUGGGAUCUCUGAUAUGUCUCACACAAAGCACCCAUUAUAGCUCCACAGCAAAGAAUAAAGGACAAAAUAAACUUAAUCACAUGAAUAUUACAACCAAAUGUUUAUAUAAUGUUGAAAUAACAGCAAAUAUUUCUUAUUUAUAAUUCUGACAAAAAAUAAUGUAAAACCUGACUUUAAACAGAUUACUUUGGAAUGUGGAGCAAAGAUAAUAAAAUGGAGUUGAGGUAUGGAUCAUCCUCAACAUAAAUGAAUGGGGCAAAGGCUGCAGAAGUUCAGUUCCUUCUCCUGUUGCUAUGUUAACAGAUACGUUGACAGCUAAGACUGAAUUCAACUUUUUUUUCAUUUGUAUUGUAUGGAAAUAAAAGCUUAAUUCACUGUU